AUGGCUGGCGACAAAGUUCCGACCCUGCAGUCGCUUGAGAAGCCUGAAAAGCUCCAAGAUGUCUUGCGCCAGGACCGCGGUGAUGACUGUCUCGGCUGCAAAAUCAUAGGAAGCGGUGCAUUUUUCGGACUUGCGGGAUAUAGUUAUUUCUCUGGCAUGUCACAGCUGGAAAAGCAAAGAGCUGCCAUUCUUCAGAGCAAGUCAUUCUUUGGCAUGCGCAGCCGACGAUUUGGUAUUGUCACCAUCUCUGCAGGUCUCGCUUGGAUGGGUCUCUGGAGAGCUCUCAAAUAA